AUCACAAAUAAUCCAAUUAGUAGUGAUAGUACAAUAACAAUUUUUAAUCGUGCUCGUGGUAAUUGGAAAAAAAUUAAAGAAAUUAGUAAAAAAGAGGAAAAAAGGCCACCAUGGCAACCGGUGAGCCUAUCAACAUUACCAAAACCCGAUAAAGAAACAUUAAUGAAAGCAAAAUUAUUGGAUGCUUCAAGACGAAUGAGAAAGAAUGGUGUUGGUAGUCAAACGGACUUUGUUCCGACAAUUAUUAUGAAAGAUGCAACAAAUGAUAUUCAAAAUGAUUUAAUAUGGAAAAAAGAUGUUGAAAUAUUAACUGAUGGUAGAUUAAUAUUUCGUAAUGAUAGACCAGAACAAUUUUUAUUAACAAUGAAGGAACAACAGUUUAAUGAAAAUUCUCUAAAUAAUGUUAAUAAUACUUGUAACAGUAAUUAUGAUAGCAGUGAAAAUUUUGAGAGUAAAAAUAUUUCAAUACAUGAUAUUAAUGCAAGUGCAAUUGAAUAA